UAGCAGUCAGCGUGUAAAUGUGAACUGAAAUUACGUUUAUCCACUGGAGCAACCGAUAUAGAGUGUCUAUAUACAGCGACUGACUUGGGAGUAAAGGACAUUUUUCCAAGGAGGACAAAACACCAGAAAGCUGAAAGCCAGGGAUAUAUUGACUGAAAAAUAAGCGAUAGAGGCUGCACAUUCUUGGUCCAAUAAAGAGGAUAGUGUUUCUUUGAUUGUUUGAUUGUGCUGUGGUCUGCUGAAGAGCGGAGAGUGGAUUGAGAAGAGUAAAAGAGUGUAUAUUAGAAAAGAGAGACUGUUGCACAAUGUGCUAGGAGAGCGGCGGGAGACAGUGUGUUGUUUUUCUGAUAUUGUCGAAGUGUCGGAGAGACGGGAAAGGACGCAGCAAUGGGGCGGAAGAAGAUACAGAUCACCAGGAUCAUGGAUGAGAGGAACAGACAGGUUACCUUCACAAAGAGGAAGUUUGGCCUGAUGAAAAAGGCCUAUGAGCUGAGCGUACUAUGUGACUGUGAGAUUGCCCUCAUCAUUUUCAACAGCUCUAACAAAUUGUUCCAGUACGCCAGUACAGACAUGGACAAAGUGUUGCUGAAAUAUACAGAGUACAACGAGCCCCAUGAGAGCAGAACCAACUCUGACAUUGUAGAGAAAUUGAGAAACAAAGGCCAUAAUGACUGUGCUAGUCCUGAUCCUGAUGACUGUUUUGGGCACAGCCCCCUCAUGGACGACCAUUUCGGCAAACUAAGCGAAGAGAGUGAUUUAAUGUACAAGCGCUGUGGUGCGCUAAACAAGAAAGAACACAGAGGUUGUGAUAGCCCGGACCCCGAUGCCUCAUAUGUCCUCACUCCUCACACAGAAGAGAAAUAUAAAAAAAUUAAUGAGGAGUUUGAUAAUAUGAUGAGAAAUCAUAAAAUCCCCACAGCAUUGCCUCAGCAGAACUUCUCGAUGCAUGUGGCAGUGCCCGUAUCCAAUCCUAAUGCCAUGUACCAGCCAGGAGGGACUCUGGGCAGCCAAGCCCUGGCAGCAGCCACAGCCUCUCUGAGUGACAGUGGGAUGCUAUCCCCUCCACAGGCCUCUCUGCACAGGAAUGUGGGCUCUAGUGGAGGUCCCCAGAGGCCCACCAGUGCAGGCAGUUCAGGGAAUGGUUUUGUUAACUCCAGGGGCUCUCCAGGCCUCCUCAGCACACCCAGUGGCAAUGGCCUGGGAAAAGUCAUGCCCACCAAGUCUCCACCACCCCCUGGAGGGAAUAUGGGAAUGGGAAGCCGCAAGCCAGACCUAAGGGUUGUUAUCCCUCCAUCUAGCAAAGGGAUGAUGCCCCCACUGAACACCCAGAGGAUAAGCAGCUCCACCCAGCCGCUGGCCACUCCAGUAGUGUCUGUCACCACCCCCAGCUUACCCCCACAGGGCCUGUCCUACACAGGCAUGCCCACCUCCUACAACCCUGCUGAGUACUCCCUGAAUAGUGCAGAGAUCUCCUCCCUACAGGGCUUUAGCUCUCCUGGGCUCUCACUGGGCUCCAUGUCGGCAUGGCAACAGCAUCAACUGGGCCAGGCAGCUCUUAAUUCUUUGGUUGGUGGAGGUCACCUACCUCAGGGCUCCAACCUCUCUAUCAGCACCAGCCAGAGCAUAAACAUCAAGUCUGAGCCCAUUUCACCGCCACGGGAGCGUGUCACCCCCUCUGGCUUCCCCCUUCAGCAGCCGCAGCAAGGGUCCAGUCGACAGGAAGUUCUGGGACGUUCACCUGCUGACAGCCUCAGCUCCUCCUGUAGCUCUUAUGACGGCAGUGAUCGUGAGGACCAUCGGCCAGACUUCCACUCCCCGCUGGGGCUGGGCAGACCUCCGGCUGGAUCUGAGGACAGGGAGAGCCCCUCAGUCAAGCGCGUGCGCAUGGACACAUGGGUGACAUAAAGAGCCCUGAUCAAGCCUCCAGUCACCAGCCAGUUAGAGAGAGGGAGGGGUUAGACAUGGAGAUAAAAGAAAGAGCAAGGGUCUGUAGAGCUAUCAUUAUGAUACUAUUAUUCAACUCCAGUUCAAUUUUUAAGACUGAGUGGAAAAUGUAACAAGAAGUGUCAGGACAUAUCUAAAGUAAAUUCUCAAACUGAUACAGUAAGAUAAAACAAAUGUCACUUAGCUGGGCUGAAUUAUAUGCACAAGCAGGUGGUAUCAGGUACGUGGUGCAAUUCAGAUGACGUUUGCAGAAGAAAGUUGUUCAAAGAAAAUUGUUAAACAAUAGGCGGUAGAUUAUUGUAGUCACUGGUCUAGUCAGACACUUACAUGUAGUUGCUGUUUUGCUGUUGUGCUCGCAAAGUUGCAAACGAUCAGAGAAAGUUGUGUUGCUUUCAGGCUGAGGACCCUUACAUAUGAUGUUCACUGCAAGAACUAUCUUUUAAAAUCAUGCUGUAACCAUACAAGACCUUUAUCUCAAGUGGCCUCUUCUAAUUUAUUGAUUCAGUUGAUCAGGAGAUACAGAAAACGUGGAGUUAGUUAAUACUAUAUUGUAAUUUGGAUCAUACAGUUGAGACUACUUAUUGAGUACAUGAAACAAUACUGUUGGAGGUAAAAACACCAUAGCAACAGAAUAUAUUGCAAUAAUGACAUACUAUUCAUUUUAUAAUUUAAAAGAGUAGGAUAUAUUAAUGUGCAAUUCAAGAUAAUGCGGAAAUGUCUAGUUGAACUGGUGAGAAAAUCAACAUGUUCACAUUUGUGCAACAGUUCAUCAGUAAUAUAAGCCAAAGCUGUUCUUUUGUGUUGUUUUGUACAGUUGCUAUGGUUUCCUAAAAAUUCACUCAAAUGCACCAUUUUUGUCAUUGUUAUAUUUUCUUUUGUGCUUUAUUUCAAACAGUGUAAAAUCAUAUAAACCAGAUCUUGAAUCAAUAUUGAAAGCCAUGAACAUUUGCUGUUCUGUUUGUACAAUUGAAAAUUUGAGCCAAACAUUUUCUUCUGUUAUGUAAAUAGCGACUUUAAUAUAUAUCACCGGGGUGUGACUACAUACUGAAUGUACUGUACGAUCACCGUUUUCAAGAAAAGUAUAUUUUUGUGGAUUACAGCCAAGUUUACAAGUGUAGACCCUUAAAAAGUAGAUCAUUCACUGGUCAAUAUUUGCUAUUUUGUUAAUGUUACUGUAAUCUCUCCUAAAUUGAAUUAUCAACAAAACCUUCCGUAUGUUUUAGUUCCAGGUGGUCAAUUUGUCUUUUCUCUCUUUAUUUGUGGUGACUGUUUGUUCUUAAGACAUUGGUAUAACAAUGCUGUGAGGUUGAAGUUCCACUAUUUUCAUAUUUGUGAAGGAUGAUCACAAGGCUAGGGGAAAUAGGGUUUCUUCCCUCCUAUUGUGUUAGCUUGUGUUAGUUGUAUACCAGCAGCUGCUGAAUACACUGCCAACAUUCAAAUCCAAGGUCCCAACCCCACAUUGAAGAAUAAUCUAUUGUUAAUGCAUGUAGCUCAACUGAAAGACAUGCCAUCUCUCAAGCCAUUUCCACUACCCUGUUUUUUGUUCAUUCAAUUUAAGCAAAAGACAUAAACAUGGCCGCAGACCUUGUCACAAAACUGAUCAUGCCUGUGCCCACAGGUGGUUGUAAAUAUUACAGUCUACUUAAAAUGUCAGUCAUAAUUAUGUACAAAAGUAGUCAUGUGUUUCCUCAAUUGGCUCCAGAAAUUCUAUCUUAUAUCCAUGCCCUAUUACUAGUAAGAAUCCUGUAUGCCUCGGAAAACUUAGGAGCCAGAAAGUCAAAAUCUGAAGGCGUUAAAGUCAUGUAUGCGGAAAGUUUUGUGACUGAUGCCUGUGUCACAUCACACAGAGACAGAAGGGGAAAAGGGGGCUGUGACUUGUUUUCUUCUCCAUCGUCACAGAAGCAAAUAUUUCAGCAGCUAAUUCAUAAAAACAACAACGCAAUGUCAUAAACUUCAAUCUCACUGCUGGAUUGCACAUAUUUGUAUGAGAAGUUUGCUGUACAUGGGAGGGUAACACUCUGCAUUUGCCGUGAUGCAUCUUGUGUGUUUCUGAGGUUUCUGUCCACUCCGACCCAUCAUCAGCUCCAUGGUAGUUUUAAGUAUAUGCUCGUAAUGAUCUAUGCAGUUUUUACCCCAAUUCACCUGACCAGUACAGAAUAUGAUGUCAUUGCCAUUCAUAUUCAGUCCACUAAGCAUUAGGAGGAAGCGCAUUUGAGGGUAGACUGUUAGCCUCUUAUUCUUAAGUGCCACAGCUGGACUACAAGUUACAAUAUAAUACAUUUUAUUAACUGAUUAAUUUGGAUACCCAGGGGCAAUCUGCUCAUGUCCAUAUACAUUGGUAGUCAUUCUCAACAUAAUAUAUAGCAAUGCAUAAUGUAAUGAUGUUUAACACAGCAGGUGAAAAUAGCAAUAACAAAUCAAUACAACAAAAAUUGUCUGCCUGUCUUGGCAGCAUCACCUCGUAGUUGAGCACAUACUGUACUUUAGCACUCAAUGACAUAUCAGGGAAUUUUGUAGGUUCUCUAUCUAUAUGCACAGUUAGGAAAUGCCUUAUCCCAAAGAAAAAAUGCACCACUUUUCUUUACUUUUACUCAGUUUAUUUAAUAAAACAUUAACAAUGCAGAUAAUCACUCAAACUUGACCACACCUGCCUCUUCUUCUCAUAAAAGACUCACACAAGAACAUGCACGGAAAAUGCACCGUGAUACACUUUGCUCUUUUGGUAUAUGUCCAAAUUGUGCACAACUGAUGAAUGUGAAAGGAAAGGAUAAUCAAUGAACCUUUGUAGAGAACUUUCUUCACUUUGCUGUGCAAGAGUACACUGCUUUGCUUCAUGGCUUUUAUAAACAGAACUAUGUGUUUGGUAAGUGUUUGUAGUUUAUAGUUCACUUAACUAAAGAAGCUGUUUUCGGUUUGAAUGCUCAGACCGUUUGGCGGCACAAGCUGGACUUUGUUGCCAAUAAUGAAAUUAUUUGUUUCAGAAAUCAAAAGAGAUUUUAAGUUAAUCUACAUUUUAUUUCCCUUGAAUGUUAUUUUAUUUUCAUCAUACAAUAAAUAUUCAAGUGAACUUUUUAUUAAACAAUUAAAAUACUAUGCUAGAUAUUGUUGUACAAAAUUUGUAUUCUUCACAAAAGUACAAAUAUUGGCUUUUAAUGUGUAAUUUAGGUUAUCUCUCUUAUUCUGUAUAAAAUGAAGUAAACGACUCUUACAUAGAAUUUGUUCUCCUGUGAAGUCCCAAACAGUAGAAACUGUCAACUUUAUUAAACACCUCAGUGUAUGCUCAA